UUCUCGUGCGCAGGCGCCACUUCGUAACCGGGCAACGAGAUAUAAGAGAGUGCUGUGUUAAAUAUAAUAUAAAAAAAUGUGGUGUGUUCUGUUUGUGUGUCUGACCGUGGUGGCGAUUGGAUUUGGGAAUGAACUACCUGAGAGUUUUCGUCGAUGCGGGCAGGCGGAAAAGAAACUGAAUGAUUGUCUGAAGGCGGCGGUACCUGAUGCGCUGAGGCAGAUGAAGGCAGGUAUCCCGUCCCUGGGCGUGCCCCCCAUGGAGCCCCUCCACGUGUCCGGGAUCGACAUUUCGUCCGGGGCAGGGCCCGUGGUCAUCACGCAGAACUACAAGAACAUUAAGUUGCAUGGGCUGACUGACUCUGUGCUGACCACAUACAAAGCUGACCUCAAACGUUAUCGUCUACGCACAGACUCCAUAACUCCUAAGAUGGAGUUCAUAGCUGAUUACGUGAUGAAGGGCAGAAUCCUCGUGCUGCCGAUACAGGGUAAAGGAGUCGCCAACAUUACCAUGGUGAACCUGGUGGUGAAACACGACCUGAUCGGCGAGCCGGUGACUCGUGACGGACAGACAUACAUGCACAUGCGGGAUUAUAAGGUCAAGUUCAUACCGCAGAAGGUGAUACUACACUUCUCUAAUCUGUUCAACGGUGAUAAGAGGCUGGGUGAUCAGAUGAACAUUUUCCUCAACGAAAACUCCGACCUGGUCUUCAAUGAGCUGAAGGAAUCCUACGAGAAGAGUCUGAGUUCAGUAUUCCAAGAUGUCACCAACAAAAUAUUCGACAAAGUGCCAAUGAACAAAAUAUUCCCCGAAGACCCGUGAUUUUUUUAUCUAAGAUAUUACUUUCCGGUGCUAAAUAGUAUUAAGUUAUUAAUA